GAGCGCGCAAGAGAAACAUCCCAAGAGAGACAGAGAAAGAGAGAAAGAGAGAGAGAGAGAGAGAGAGAGUCUCCCUCUGCCUCUUCGGCUUCUCCUGGGCUAGUGGCCAGACACUGACUCUCUUGGAUCCUGGAAGAACACAAGCUGAGGAUACCACAAUGCUGCCUUAGACAGAAUGACAGAACACACAGCAGCACUUUGGAAGGACUAUCAGCAGUAUUUAUUUUCCUUCAUUUGUUCAGAUAGAAAGAAGAUACAACAUCCCUGCCAGGCUGCCACAAGAACGACAGUCAGUCGGACAGACGGACAGAGAGCAGCAGUGGUCAUGCAGCUCGGGCUGUAACAGCUGGAGUACUCUCUCUCGCCUGAAGCAAUUGGUUUUAGGAGCUAAGUUCCUCACUCCCUCUCAAUCACUGAAUCAUAGUCCUGUAGGAUCUCCUCUCAUAAAGAUGGACACAAUACUGCAGUAGCCCCUACAGACUGAGACAGAACAGUACAGCUCCACUUGGAGAUCAGUAGAAGGAAAGUGUGGAUUCUUCCCUCUCGGAGGGCUGAGAUACCUGCGAUACCUCUGGUCAGAGACUGGAUUGCUGCCUUUUCCUAUGGACGACAGUUUGAUGAUGAUACUGUAUAUCUGAUUCAGUAUAACAUACUCUGGUCAUAGAGCCUGGACUCUCCCAUGUGGAUAUUUCCUACUCUUCCCUUGGACUUCAGUGGUGAUUCACACUGGAUUGGCUUACUCCCUGUCCAGUGUGUGUGUGUCAGGAUGGAGUGUGUAAAGAGUGUGUCUCUGAUUCUGAGUGUUUUCCUGUUGAGCUCAGCACACUCAGCCCAGAGCGUCUACCCCAGAAUACGACUCUCCCAUAAAGAGUUAUGGGAUCUGAACAGGACGUGGGUGUUUCAGGGACCAGGUCCCUCCCUGCAGCCCCAGACCAUGCUGUUGGACGAGGCCCAUGAAAGGCUGUAUGUAGGGGCUAAAAACAUCCUGUACUCCCUCAGCCUGGAGAGAGUUAACCACCAACACAGAGAGAUCGACUGGGCCAGCUCUGUGUCACAGGUAGAAGAUUGUCUGAUGAAAGGCAGAGAGAAGCCAGAGUGUGCUAACUACAUCAAGGUGCUACAGCGGUAUAACACCACCCACCUGUUGGCCUGCGGAACAGGAGCAUUUAACCCUCACUGUGCCAAAAUCAGGGUGGGACACACAGGACAGGUCAGGCAGUUUGAGCUGGAGGAGCAGAGUGUAGAGAGCGGCAGAGGGAGAUGUCCCUACGACCACAACAGCCCCGUUACAUCCACCCUGGACAGAGGAGAGCUGUAUAUUGGCCUGUACACAGACUACUGGGAGAAUGACGCAGCUCUGUGUCGACUGAACAACCAGAGCUACACACGCACUGAGAGAGACGACAGACAACAGCUCAACGAGCCUAAGUUUAUUGGGUCGGUGGUGAUUCCUGAUAACAAUGACAGGGAUGAUGACAAGGUCUACUUCUUCUUCACGGAGAGAGGGACGGACGCAGAGGGGGUUAACAAGGCUGUUUACACCAGGGUGGGACGGGUCUGUGCGAAUGAUCAGGGAGGUCAGAGGAUGUUGGUGAAUCGUUGGAGCUCCUUCCUAAAGACUCGUCUCAUCUGCUCUGUGGCUGGACCCAACGGCAUCGACACACACUUUGACGAGCUAGAGGAUGUAUUUGUGUUGAAGAACAAGGAUGAGAAGAAUCCAGAGAUUUUUGGCCUCUUCAGCACUACAAGUGCUGUGUUCCAGGGCUAUGCGGUGUGUGUGUACCACAUGGAUGAUGUGCGAGCAGCGUUCAAUGGCCAGUUUGCCCACCGGGAGAGACCAGAGCACCACUGGACCCCCCUACGAAGGCCGGGUCCCCUACCCACGCCCGGAUCUUGUGCCAGUGAGGUAAAUGGUGGUGGGUUCUCAGGUUCUAAGGAGUUCCCUGAUGAGGUUCUGCGAUUCGUGCGUUCCCACCCUGUCAUGUUUAGCCCGGUCCUCCCCCUCCACCGCAGACCAGUUCUACUGCAGACAGAGCCAGGGGGGAGGAGACUAACUCAGAUCGCUGUGGACCGUGUCCAGGCCCAGGAUGGACACUAUCAUGUUCUGUAUAUAGGAACAGACGACUCUGUUGUGUUGAAGGUUAUCACCAUCUACAACAAAGACACAGACACCAUAGAGGAAGUUCUACUGGAGGAACUGCAGGUGUUCAAGGUCCCUUUUCCAAUAACUGAGAUCCUCAUAUCAGCUAAACGGCAACAGCUCUAUGUGGGUUCUGAGGUUGGUGUGGCUCAGGUGAGGCUCCAUCAGUGUGACCUGUACGGGUCUGAGUGUGCCGACUGUUGCCUAGCGAGGGACCCUUAUUGCGCCUGGGAUGGAAUCACCUGCUCACGAUACUACCCUGCUGGGGUUUACACCAAGAGACGAUUCAGGAGACAGGAUGUUCGCCAUGGCAACGCUGUACAGCUGUGCAACGGGCUACAGAUUGAUGGGGAGCAGUACCAGGGUGCAGUGGAGAGGCAGGUGUAUGGGGUAGAGAGUAACAGUACUCUACUAGAGUGUACCCCUCGUUCUCUACAGGCCAGAGUCAUGUGGUACAUACAGAGAGACCCAGACAGAGAGGAGGUCGGAGGUGAUGAGCGUGUAGUUAUGACAACCCACGGGCUGCUGUUCCUUCGUGUUCGGAGCGGGGAUGCUGGUGUGUACGUGUGUCAGACGGUGGAACAUGGCUAUGUCCACACCCUACUGAGGGUCACGCUACACGUGUUGGGAGGGCAGAAGGUUGGGGCCCUGAUACACAGGACAGGGGAGGAGGGGGAGGGAGAGGGGGAGACAAAAGCAACCUGUCACCUCCCUAUAGAUACCUCUCCAGGCCCCCACCCUGGUUCCAACUCUGACCCCAGUUCCAGGCUACAAGGAGCCCUGCCAGGGUUAUCCCUAGCCCCAGCCCCAGCUCCAGGCCCUACCUCCAGGCUGCCAGGCCCAGGUCCUACUUCCAGGCUGCCAGCCCCAGGCCCAGGUACUACAUCCAGGCUGCCAGCCCCAGGACCAGGCCCUGCCUCACAGCUGUGGUACAAGGAGUUUCUCCAGCUGAUAGGCUAUGGGGACUCCCAGAAGGUGGAGGAGUACUGUGAGAGGGUCUGGUGCUCAGGGAAGAGACGCAGGAAGACUAAACGCAGAUACACCCAGCCAAUGGAAAUAGGAGAGAGGAAGGGGAGGGGGAAAGGAGACCCACACCGAGCCCCCAGACACACCUUGGACACCUGAGGGGGGAGAGAGCGAGAGGGAUUGAGACUGUACAACACACACACACACACACACACACACACACACACACACACACACACACACACACACACACACACACACACACACACACACACACACACACACACACACGCACGCACGCACGUACCCACGCACGCACACACACAUACACACACACUGGGACAGGUUUUUUCAGUAGAGAAUACUACAACCAAUGAAGCUAAAACGUGACACUGUCUUCUCUUAGACUUGAACAUAUUGUCUUCUUCCUUCUAAUAACCAGACUUUGUUAUAUUGUGUUUUUCCUUCCGUGGUUUCUGGUGGAAACCUUGCCACUGGUAGAUAUGCAGAGUGUGUCUGCCCCUGAGUGUCCGUCAGAUCGAAGGCAUGUAGAACAGACUAAUUGUUUGGAACGACGUGGCCUCUGACUUUAAGACCACAGAACUGACAGCAGGCCUCUCUGAACGGACAAGAGAUUCACAGCCAUGCCAGAUGAACCCACAGAUAACAGACAUUCAAACCGAUACAUUAGAAAUAAAACGUGUAUGUUUCUAGAGAUACUCUUGAGCUGCUCGUGUUUAAAACCACUGAUUAGAAAAUACAUAACGUAUACGCACAUCAACAAGUCGUGUUUCUUUCUAAUGUGUCUUACUGUAAUUACAUGAUUAUUAUUAUAGGUAUCUGUUUUGAGUUUAGUAGUGCUUUCGAUUUUAUUCAACUGGAAACAGUACUGUGAUAUUGUUUUACUGUAUAGUUAAAUGUUAACUUUCAUGACGAUGUAGGCGAGUAUUACAUACUUUGUCAGAUCGUAUGGUUUAACUUGUGAUUUCAUUUGGUUUUACAUGAGAUUUAGAAUUCUAGGUAAGUUGACAUCAUUGAAUGAUUAUAUUAAUGUGGAAUUCUGUGUGUGCGGAUCAGAGAAUAUUCAACAAAGAAUACCACUGAACAAUAUAAACAGUUUGGAGAAUGUACUGUUGAUGAUGGAACAUGGAUUCUAUGGAAUAGAUGGAACCCCGCAAUAAAAGUCAUAGAUACUUGAUCUGAGUGUAUCUCAACAGAUGCAUUUCCCCUUCAGUAAAUGGCCAACUUAAAUGUGAACUGUCUUCAACUGGUAAUUAUAAAGAGUUGAUUGAUUAAUAUUCAUAUCAGCUCCUGCAUGGCUGUCUAUUUCACUCUCUUCCCCCGUCUCUUCCCCCGUCUCUUCCCCCGUCUCUUCCCCCCUCUCUUCCCCUCUCUCUGUCACCGGGGUCAGUAAUGAUGCUCGAGAUGGAGUUCAUAAUAACCGGAACAGAAGCCAAUCUACGUCACCACAUUUUCCCUCUGGAAUAAAGAAGAGCACCACAGUGACCAUUCAAGCAUGUCAUUGGCUAGACCGAGGAGCCUGUCUCAUUAAUAUUCAAACUUAUCUGAGGAAUUAAACUGUUUUACAUUCUGACACCGUAA